GAUCCCCAUCCUUCACGCACAAAACUCGAGACUGCUGCGACUGAAAACACGAUCCCAAAGUUCCAUUUGAUAAAACGAUCAAAAAAAAUCCCACAUUCCCCAAAUGAGGAAGCCCUCCUUCCCCCUCAAAACCCUAGACCCCUCCCUCCUCUCGAUCUCGAGGAUCAAGCGCUCCUCCUCGUCUUCGUCGUCAAUGGACCCCUCGUCCCCGAUCCACAUCAACUCGACCUACCCCCCUCCCUUCAAGAACCCUAAGAACCCUAGCAUCGACGCCUCGUCGUCGAUCAGAAAGCCCCUCAGCCUGUGGCCUGGAAUGUUCCACUCCCCCGUUACCACCGCCCUUUGGGAGGCCCGAUCGAGCAUCUUCGAGAGGCUGCUGGCGAGGACGCCGGCGCAGAGCAGGACCAGCAUCGUCUACAAUUUCUCCAGGGAUUACAUCCUGAGGGAGCAGUACAGGGAUCCUCUGAAUCAGGUCAGGAUCGGGAAGCUGCUCGAGGAUCUCGACGCCCUCGCCGGCACCAUCGCUUUCAAGCACUGCUCUGAUGAUGAUAGCACAACAAGGCCUCUUCUUCUGGUCACUGCUUGUGUAGAUAAGAUGGUCCUAAAGAAGCCAAUUCGUGUAGAUACAGAUCUGAAAAUAACUGGAGCAGUCACAUGGGUUGGCCGCUCAUCACUUGAUAUCCAAAUUGAAGUUACUCAGCUAGAUGAAGAUAACUCGAAAGCAUUAGAUCCUGUAGCUUUGACUGCAAAUUUCACAUUUGUUGCACGUGACUCGAAGACUGGAAAGUCUGCUCCUGUGAACCACCUUUCGCCUGAAACUGAACAAGAGAAGUUACUUUAUAGCGAAGGUGAAACAAGAGAUAGAGUUCGUAAGAAGAAGAGAGAAGAACAGAAAAGAGAAUUUGAGAAAGGUGGACAUGUUUUCCAUGGAAAAGUAGAACGGCUAAAGGCUUUGUUGGCUGAAGGGCGUGUGUUCUGUGAUCUGCCUGCUUUAGCCGAUAGAGACAGCAUUCUUAUUAGAGAUACCUGUCUUGAAAAUGCUCUUAUUUGUCAACCUCAGCAAAGGAACAUCCACGGGCGCAUUUUUGGAGGGUUUUUAAUGCAAAGAGCAUUUGAACUAGCCUUUUCGACUGCAUAUGCCUUUGUUGGACAGAUGCCUCACUUUCUUGAAGUUGAUCAUGUUGAUUUUUUAAAGCCUGUGGAUGUUGGAAACUUCCUUCGCUUCAAAUCAUGUGUUCUGUACACAGAACUUGAGAACCCCGAGCAGCCACUCAUCAAUGUCGAAGUUGUAGCUCAUGUAACAAGGCCUGAACUCCGAACCAGCGAGGUAUCAAACACAUUUUACUUCACAUAUACAGUCAAUCCCAAAUCUUUGAAGAAUGGUUGGAGGGUUCGCAAUGUUGUUCCUGCGACAGAAGAAGAGGCACGGCGUGUAAUUGAACGUAUGGAUGCGGAGAAGAAUAACUAUUGAUUCGUUGUCGUUUGCUGCUCUCAUUCUGUGGCAUGGCAGCUCUCUAAUACCCAUGGCACCACAUUUCAUUCAUGUAGAGAUUAAUAUAUAUGCUAAAAUUGGCAUUACAGUUGGCAUUACAGUGUAAUAAAACUCGAUUCCUGCAAUUAAUUGGGAAAAGGAAAUAUGGAAUUAUACAUAUUUAAUUUGAUUAUGUAUUUGACUGGGGUUUAUAGGAGAUUGAUGUAUAGGUAAGAUUAAUAAUCAGGAAUUAAAUUAUACACUCAAUAAGCAAUGACUAAUAAUUUUAUUGACUCGGCGGUUUGAAUC